AAAAUGAAUGUAUGAUAAAAAAAAUAUUUUAUGUCUGAAAUGGAUGAUUUAAUUCGCACUUAUCAUAUUUUAUUGUUAAAUCUGUUAAUUCCCUGAAAUAAUAUUCCAUUGGAUAAGAUAAAAAAAAAUUAAUGAAAUAAUACCAAAACCCAUAGACACAUUUUAAAUAAAAAUAUUUUUUAAAAAAUGUUACUCUUAUCAACAAAUAUCACACUUAAUAAUACAAAUAUGCCUCUAUUUAACAACUCUCAUCAUAAAACAAUCUAUAAUUCGGCCUCUGAUAGCCUGAUGCAAGAUGAACCUAACAUGAUGUUAAGAUGGUUCAAGUCGGUAUUUUGCAGUUCGAAAAGUCCCACCAGAUUUCCGGAUAUGAAGAUCAGCGCAUCUGAUCCUUCCACAGCCAUUAUGGGAGGCAUGCUGAGUAACGAUUUUUCGGUUACUGUCCUGACUUGUGCUUCCAUUAUUUUGAUCCUAGCAUCGGUCUUCUGCGCUGUGACACGCAGAGUUUAUCCUGAUUAUGAUAGUACAGAAAAUGACGAUGGAAUGCUGGAUAAUUGUGAUAAUAUUCAAAAUAAAAAACGGAUUUUAAAAGUCGACAAGGAAAGAGAUAUUUGUAAGAAUAUGCAAAAUAAUCGAUCAAGUUACGUUCGGAAUAAGCAGGUUUGUUGUGUCGAUAAGAAAAAUAAAAUGAAUCUGCCCAAGACCGGGCUUGCGAAGUGUAUCGAAUGUCUCGUACAAAGAGUGUUGAAAGUCAGUUUUAUUCUAUCCAUUGGAUCCAUAAUCUUGCUCACAAAUUACUCAUCCUUCUGGAUGAUAAUGCGAGGAGAUAUAAGAACCUUUUAUGACGUGUACACCAAUGAACUAAUGGACUUCAGGGUCUCUAUAUACGUCGGGCUGAGGGGCUUCAACAUAACCUUAUCAUCCUUAACUUAUAAUAACGUAAAACGCAGCGAUUCGAACCAAACCCUAAAUUUUACCGAAUCCAAAGAUUCUCAGGAUAAGUAUUUAUUCCAAUUCCUAAAUAAUACAAUUAUCAGCGAUAUCAAUCACGACAUUCAAUUUGAUUUUAGAAAAAUAAAUUAUUCUCGUGCCCAUCCAGCAUUUUCCGCGGCGUCAACUUCGGCCUACAAUUCGAGUACAUUGUACUAUAACAGUCAAACCAUGUAUGACGUAGCUUUAAAAUAUAGGCAAUUACCUCAUAAUAUAACGAAUCUUACAUAUAUCAAAAAUAAUUCGCUUAAAUUUAUACGACGUAAAAAUAAUUUCGCCUUCGAUUAUAAUAAGGAAUCAAGCAUAAUAAAUGUUAAUACAAGUGCAAUAUAUUUUGUACCGACUAAAAAUCUUACUCAAGAAAAAAUUGAUAGAGAAGCAAUUCAAUUCAGGAAUAAUUUUUUUAAACUGAACAGUAUCAUAACAAAAUCUCCCAGAGAGAUUAUACGCAAGAACCCGAUUUCGAGAUCUGAAUCUAUUCUUAAAAGAUCCGUUUUUAAAAUUGAGCAAUCCUUUAAGGAUAAUGAUGAUCCAAGAGUUAAAAGUACUUUAUCUACAAAAACAAUGGAUAUUCAUUUCAAUGAACGGUUCUAUUGGAAAGAUGGCGAUAGGUCGACUGAUUUUUUAUAUUAUAAGAAGAGAGGUCUACCCUUACCCAUAAUGGAUUUGGCGGAAUGCAUUUUGUACAAUGCUAAAACACUAAAAAUGGGUGGUUACUACACUAGCUAUUUUUCUUGGUGGGCUUUCACAUUUUGGGCCAUGAGUCUGAUACUGUUUAAUGUGAUGCUGACUGCUGGGGGGUACUCUUUGAUGUUAACGGGAAUUUUUGUUUUGAUCAAAAUACGCAUGUACUACAUUUAUUCGGAAUCAAUAACUCGGCAAUAUAUAAGAUUAAAUUCCUAUGAUUAUGUCGCUAGUAAACUGAAACCUCUGGAGCCUCUAAAAUUAAGCUUGGGUCCUUGUUUUUGGGUUAACUUAAUAGGGGGAUCUCUUGCUCUCUUGGCCGGCUUAUAUGUUGUUAUGGUAGUAAAGCUUGGUUCACUGCAAAUGGGAUCUGUCUUGUUCAAUAAAGAUAGGGUUCGAGCCUCUUUCCGCCGUUUAAAACACGAAAUUGAGAGAGAAGAAUCUAGUAUCGAAGAAAUGUCUAACGAUAUCGGUAAAACAAAAUCAAACGGUUUUGAGAUGAGAAUUGGUUUCAGCAAUAAUCGUGCUUCGAUAAAGGACGAAAGAAGUCAAAUAUUUGGCAUAGGCGCUAAUAGUUCCAAUUUUAAUUAUCUCGACAAUUAUAAGAAAGUUAAUAAGAGAUUUAAUCGUAGAAAAAGUUGGGAUGGAAAACGUUCUCUGGUAAAAUCUGUGCAUGAUUUUGAUGGAAAUAAGAUAUUAAGUAAAAAUAGCAAAAGAAAAUCUAUGCAAAUUAUACACACUUCUGGCACUUAUCCUACCGUUCUUACAGAUUCUAAUGAAUCUCAAAAUAAGAGACACAGUGUGUUAUAUCUUGCUAGUUAAUAUUUAUUAUAUUUAUUUCUUUUAAGAAAAAAUUAGAUUUUACAAUAAGAAUAUUAGAGUGAAUUUUAUUUAUUAUAUAAACUGUCAGAAAGCGAUAACUCACGAGUAGUUUCGUUUUUUAAACCAUAGUGUGAAUUUAGAGCCAGAAAACAUUAUAUCAAUUGUUUUUUUUAAAUGUUUAAUUAUGAUACAAUUUAAAUAUCCUAAUGAAUUAUAUUUUAAUGCAAAUAAAUUUUAAAUUAUUCAUAA